CAGCUCCACUGCUCUUCUGCGGGAGUCACACGAGAACGAGGAGGAGAAGAGGUGAGGAGAUCCUGCGGAGACAAUGGGAGAUGAAGACUGACGUCUAGAACUCAAAAAAAAAUCCUGGUUUAUGGUCUAAAACAUGGCGGCCCACCGAAUCCGCUCCACCACAACCAACAACAAUGUUUCCCUUCCUCGUUGCAGGUCUGAAGGCACGCUAAUUGAUCUCAGUGAAGGAGUCUCGGAGGCCACACUCAACAAUGUCAAAGCACUUUCUCCCAGUGCCUUACGUCUGGACUCCACUGAAUCCUUCAGAUCAGCCAGAGAGGUGGUCGCCAUUAAGGACUACAGUCCAUCCAGCUUCACCACUUUGAAAUUCUCCAAAGGAGACCACCUCUAUGUUCUAGACUCUUCAGGAACGGAGUGGUGGUAUGCUCACAACAACACAGAGAUGGGCUACAUUCCCGCUGCCUACGUCCAGCCCAUCGGUUUUAGGGACUCAUCCUUUAGCGACAGCGGAAUGAUUGACACCAUCGAAGAUGGAAACGAGGAGUCAGCCAAAGAAAUGGACCUGGUAGGAGAAUGGUCAGGUGUGAUUUUAAAACCAUCAACCUUCCAAAACCGGAAUCCCUUUGCUGUGACGUGCAACUCCAAUAACCCUUUCCUAAAUGGAGGUUCUCAAAGUUCACUAGACCAGAACAGCAAUGAGAAGUCCGUGGACCUGCUCCUGUUUGACACGUCAACUCCAUCUGCAUUAAGUUCUGCCGAGGACAGAUGUUUUAACCUGGACCUUCUUAGUCCCACUGUGGGUGUGACGCAAACAUCUCGACGAGACAACCCGUUUUUUAGGAGCAAACGUUCCUACAGUCUGUCAGAGUUAACCAUCUUGCAGUCACAGUCUGUCGACCCUCAGGCCUUCUCUGGUGGUUUUGGGAACCUGAAAGCACCGGCUCCAGAGCAGUUCCAGAGCAGAGAAGACUUCCGAACAGCUUGGCUGACCCAUAGGAAAUUGGCUAGGUCCUGUCAUGACCUGGAUAUGCUUGGUCAAAACCCAGGCUGGGGCCAAACCCAGCCUGUAGAAACCAGCAUUGUCUGUCAGCUGGACAGUUCAGGGGGUGCAGUCCAGCUUCCAGACACCAACAUCAGCAUCCAUAUACCCGAGGGCCACGUAGGUCCCGGAGACACCCAGCAAAUCUCCAUCAAAGCCGUUCUCGACCCACCCCUCGAACUGAACAACGACCGCUGCACCACCGUCAGCCCUGUGGUGGAGAUCAAACUGAGCAACAUGGAGACCAAAACCACGAUCACCCUGGAAACGAAGGUGUCGGUGGUGGUGAAGAAGGAAAAUAGAGUAUCCACGCGGAUUCUAUGCGUCCGAAGUGACUGUAAAGAGGGUCCGUACACACCUAUUCCUCAGGUCUACAUGUACGGAGAUAUGGUCCAGGUGUGUCUGGACAACCUGGAACCUUGCAUGUAUGUGUGUGUUGUAGCACAGUCCCAGUUGGUAUCUCCAGGCUCCACGGUUUGGGAUCUCGUGCUUAAGAAAAUCACUUUUGGGGUGUACGGCCCCAAACAUAUUCACCCGUCUUUUAAGACAGUGGUGGCCCUGUUUGGUCACGAUUGUGCUCCAAAGACGCUAAUGGUGAAUGAGUUUGGAAAACAGGCCCAGUCCAUCCCUCCUCUAGCUCUUCAGCUCUGGGGCAAACACCAGUUUGUCCUAUCCAGACCUCAGGACCUCAGAGUUGGAGUCUACUCCAACAUGGCCAACUACGAGGUGAAGGCCAGCGAUCAGGCCAAGGUUGUCCGUGGAUUCCAGGUCAAACUCGGUAAAGUCAGCAGGCUAGUCUAUGAAAUAGCCUCCCGGAACCCUGAAGACAUCUCGGAUUUCACCUUGAGGAUACAGGUCAAAGACGACCAGGACUCUAUUCUGGAACAGUUCUGUGUGCAGACUCCGACACCGCCUGCUAAAACCGCGCCGAAGACAUCCUUGCAGCGGCGUUUUCUGAAGAAGAAGGAAAUAGGAAAGAUUAUUCUAUCUCCUCUGGCAGUUGCCACCAAAUAUCCAGUCUUUCAUGACAGGAAGAUUCACAACCUAAGGUUUGGAAAAUUAAUCAAAACUGUGAUACGUCAGACCAAAAAACAGUACCUGCUGGAGUACAAGAAAGGGGACUACGUGGCUCUGAUUAGUGAGGAGAAAAUCAGGCUAAAGGGACAACUGUGGACUAAGGAAUGGUACAUUGGAUACUACCAAGGAAAAAUGGGACUGGUCCACACUAAGAACGUGCUGGUAGUUGGAAAAGUGAAGCCGAUUUAUUUCACCGGACCCGAGCUGACAACGUCAGUGUUACUGGAUCAGAUCCUGAAACCUUCGAAGUUCCUCACCUACAUUUAUGCGUCAGUAAGGACAGUGCUGAUGGAGAACAUAGGGAACUGGAGAGCCUUCGCUGAUGCCUUGGGGUACACCAAUCUUCCGCUGACCCACUUCUGCCGCUCGGAGCUGGACAGUGAACCUGAAAGGGUGGCAUCGGUUCUGGAGAAGCUGAAGGAGGACUGCAACAACACGGAGAGCAAAGACAGAAAGUCCUUCCAGAAGGAGCUGCUCACAGCACUGCUAAAAAUGGACUGUCAGGGCCUAGUGGCCAGAUUGGUCCUGGACUUCGUUCUCCUAACUACUGCGGUGGAGUUAGCGGGACGAUGGAGGGAACUAGCGGAAAAACUCGCCAAAGUUUCUCGCCAGCAGAUGGAUGCAUACGAGGCACCACACCGGGAUAAACACGGCGUGGUGGACACUGAGGCCAUGUGGAAGCCAGCAUACGACUUCCUGGUUACAUGGGCAGCGCAGAUUGGUGACAGUUACCGUGACGUGAUCCAGGAGCUGCACCUUGGCCUUGACCGAAUGAAGAACCCCAUCACCAAACGCUGGAAGCACCUGACAGGAACAUUGGUCCUGGUGAACAGUCUCGAUGCGCUGCGAAGUUCGGCCUUUAGCCCUGCCUCCCAGGAUGACUGUGCCAUCUGAACCACCCCCCCGUCAAACCAUUUCAAAGUGCUGAAUGAUCAUCAAUGAACCCCACAUGUCUAGCAGCUGUGGAACAUUUACAGUAUUCUGAGACAUUUUACUGUCAUAGUUUCUUUUUUUUUUUUUUAAACUGCUUAUGGUUUUAGCUGAAAGUCAAAAAAGACUUAAUGUGACACUUAUAAUUUAAAUAACGAUUUCUAAUCUGUAGCUUCAUUCAUUGGACCUACUGUAUUUUACUUUUUUUUUUUACAAAACAGUUUCCUAUUGCAUUUAGUUUCUGUCUAUGGUUUUUGUCUUGCUGACGAAUUACCAUCGCACCAUCUUUUUGAAUCUUGACAUCAUCGAUAUGGAAGAUUAUACAGAUUUCUAUUUGGAUAAAAUGAAACAAUAAGAUAAAAUGAGAGAAAUGAGCGACAGACUUUUCUGACGACUUCUGAUUUUGACCAGUCAACCGCAGCACAAGGUUCAAGUCAAAGUCCGGUCUUUUUGUAGCAAUUUUUUUUUACUAAUGUAUGCAGAAAAUCAAAAUCAAUGUAUUGAUUUUAUUUUGUCAUUUCCAUGAACAGGGCUGGUUUAAUUUCUUUUGUAGCUAUUAUUAAAUGUACUGCUUAAUUGUGAUUGUGUCCAAAAAAAAUUAAUACAUAUAGCUUCUGGUUCGAUUGCCAAUUUGUAACCACUAUGUCUUUUUAUUUGUUCAAUUCUUUGAGUCAAUCGUUCUGUGCCUAAGCUUAACUUCCAUCUUUUGUUAUGUGAGGGUCAUUAUAUUACAUUCAAACAAUAAAAUGUAAAUAUUUGUACCUCA